AUGGCGUCUAAAAGUGUAGAAAAAGAAUGCCUUGUACAAGAAAAAAAUGAGGAAUUAAUUUUUGAAUCCGGACCGCCAAAGCGUGGACGUGUAGCAAAAGCUUACGAAGAUUAUGAAUUUCGGACGAGUGAGCCUGUUCAUACGCUCCCACGGGUUAUUGUCAAGAAUAAAAUGAACCCACCGAAAAAACGCAUACGCACAGCCGAAACCCCGAGAUUGCUUUCCGAGGCUGAACUCUCUGCAAGAAAGUCGAAGAAAUAUCCAAAGUCACGUAAACCAGCCCAGAAGUGGAAUUUGGAGGAGGACAAAAUAUUGGUUGAUUUUAUGUUUGGAUUGAUUCAGAACGUACCAUGGAACGACUUAGCCAAAGGGUUACCUAAUCGUGAUAUAAAGAGUAUGCAAAACAGAUGGGCGUAUAUCAGGAGAGCAGGGUUUAGAGUAACCCCAGCGAGAGAUAAUAGUAAGGAUGAUGAAUAA